CCCUUUUUUUUAAUAUCAAGCAUUAUGUUUAGAUUGGUUGCUUCCAAGGCCCCUUUGGCUAACAUCGCCGCCCGCAAUGCUGCCGUCAAGACUAUCCGUGCCCCUGUCGCAUCCCAGUUCUACCGCAACUACUCUGCUGCCGCUGACACCGAAUACGAUGUUGUUGUUAUCGGUGGUGGACCUGGUGGUUACCCCGCCGCUAUUAAGGCUGCCCAGCAGGGUCUUAAGGUUGCCUGUAUCGAAAAGCGUGGUGCUCUUGGUGGAACCUGUUUGAACGUUGGUUGCAUUCCCUCCAAGGCUAUGUUGAACAACUCCUACAUCUACCACCAGACCAAGGAUAACCUCAAGAGCCGUGGUAUUGAAGUCAGUGAUGUUAAGUUGAACUUGGACGUCAUGCACAAGGCCAGAGUUAAGGCUAUCACUGGCCUUACCAAGGGUGUUGAAUUCUUGUUCAAGAAGUACGGUGUCACCUACGUUAAGGGUACCGGAAAGUUCAACACUGCCAACGAAAUCGCCGUUGAGGGUCUUGAUGGCACUCAGUCUACCUUGAAGGCCAAGAACGUUAUUAUCGCCACUGGUUCCGAGGUCACCCCUAUUCCCGGAAUCGAAAUUGAUGAGAAGCGCAUUGUUUCUUCCACUGGUGCUCUUGAGUUGGGUAAGGUCCCCAAGAAGAUGGUUGUCAUCGGUGCUGGUGUCAUCGGUCUUGAGUUGGGUUCCGUCUGGUCCCGCCUUGGUGCUGAAGUCACUGUUGUCGAAUACCUCGGUGCUAUCGGUGCCGGUAUGGAUUCUGAACUUGCCAAGAGCUUCCACAAGCUUUUGUCCAAGCAGGGUCUCAAGUUCAAGAUGAGCACCAAGGUCAAUGGUGCCAAGAUUGAAGGUGACAAGGUCCUUGUCCAGGUUGAGGCUUCCCAGGGUGGAAAGGAAGAGACUCUUGAAGCCGAUGCUGUCUUGGUUUCCAUCGGUCGUCGUCCUUACACCAAGGGUCUUGGUCUCGAGAACGUUGGUGUCGAAUUAGACAACCGCGGUCGCGUUGUCAUUGACUCCGAGUUCAAGACUAACAUCCCUAACAUUCGUUGCAUUGGUGAUGUUACCUUUGGUCCCAUGUUGGCCCACAAGGCUGAAGAUGAAGGUUUCGCUGUUUCUGAGAUGCUUGCCACCGGUCACGGUCACGUCAACUACGAUGUUAUUCCCUCCGUCAUCUACACUCACCCUGAGGUUGCAUGGGUUGGUAAGAACGAGGAGCAAUUGAAGGGUGAGGGUGUUAAGUACAAGACUGGAAGCUACCCAUUCGUUGCCAACUCUCGUGCACGCACCAACGAUGACACCGACGGUCUUGUCAAGGUCAUCACUGACGCUGAGACUGAUCGCAUCUUGGGUGUCCACAUCAUCGGUCCCAAUGCUGGUGAGAUGAUUGCCGAAGCUGGUCUUGCCAUGGAGUACGGUGCCUCUGCUGAGGAUGUUGGCAGAACUUGCCAUGCUCACCCCACUCUUUCCGAGGCUUUCCGUGAGGCAUGUCUCCUCGCCUCAUUCGGCAAUGCCAUCAACUUCUAAAUAGCAACAAAAAAGAAAAAGGAAAACGUUACUGUUCGCUCCCAAAUAUACUCCAAUAGAUUGUGUUAAUUACACACAUUCUAUUUCAAAGUGUCUAAUACAUCAUGAAACAUUCCGUAUGCAUAUAUCAAUAUUAUAAAUAUACUUGGAAAAAAUGAAUACUACUG